AUGGAUGAUCAAGUUCGAAUAAGUGAAGAGCAAUUUCGACGCAUCUAUGCGGCUGGCUUUGAAUCCUGGGCUCAACUUCAUUCUCUUGUGAUUCAAAAUACGAAGCUUCCUCCUCAAUGCUUUUUCACGACAGACACAUUUCCUCUCUUACCGGCCUUCCCACAGAACCUUGAGCUGGAACAAUUCUCUGACAGGUUAACCGCCUCAGGGUCCUCUGUUUGGGCAUCUUCAGCAGCAAAAUGCGCCCGCGGCAUUCCUUCUUUCCGGCGCCGGGUGCAGCUCGAGGUCGCGCGGAAGGACCCGAUUCUGCUUUCUAUCUCCGAUCUGGCUCAUACUGAUUUCUAUUCCACUUCGUGGUUUGUUUCACAAAACGACUAUUUGGUGAUCCUCGUGUUGGCGUGGGCUUACAUCCUAUCGGCUCGUUGGGCGGAAAUUAUGCCGCCACCUUGCUCUCUCACCUAUACCGACAGCCUGGCAAAGCACUACGACACAACGAUAAAAUCUGAUAAGCUGACUGUCUCGCUUUGUCAAGGCCCUGCAUCUACAUUCUCAGAAGCCCUCGGCUUUCUGAAUACAUUUUGUAAACGUCACAACAUCAUCGAUCAAAGCCAUGCCGCCUUAGCUGCCGUCCUCCUGCUCCCCUGCAAAAUCAACGGCAUACGUCCUCUACUGCUCAGCGUCUUUUAUGAACACAGCAUAGAAUGCAACGCGAUAACACCCUGGUUUCAAGGAACGCUCGCUGCUAUCAAAUCAUUGGCAGGCGAAAACCCGUCGAUUCUUGGGCGCAUGUGUAUGGAGAGAAGACCCGAGGUUGCGUGCAUGUGGCUGGGCAGUACCAUCCUCGGUCUCCAACAAGAACUCCUGCAGCAUAUAAAAUAUGGACAAAUACCAAUCGAUCUUGAAUGCGCGGCGUGGACAAAAACAAUCCAAUCGUUCAUACAGCAGCCUGUGUCUAGGCCGUUUGUGGUUGAUGGAUAUAUACAGCGCGCCGACGAAUGUCGUCUACUUUUCUUGUAUCAGUCGAGAAACCACACUCGAGUCCCGAUUUGCCAAUGGAAGCCUUUUGGAACAACCCCCAAGAAUGAUGUUGAUCUCGAAGUACAGGUCCACCAAGAUUGUGAAGGCCAUGAACUUCAACACCAAGCGUUCGUCUGGAACUGCGCAAAGGGAGAAUCAGAGUCACCAUCCUUAUUGCAAUGCUCCCGCCAAACUUAUGAUCAUUCGAGCAAACCCCAAGUUCAAUGCACAGUUCCUAUUGUGUGGGAAGGUUUGAAUCGUGAAAAAGAAGGUGUUUCAGAGAAUGCGACGCGCACCAUUUUCAGCUGGUUGCGUCCUGAUGGGUGCGCACCACAAGAAAAGGCGAUCUUCAAGCAUGAAUGGUUUAUGAUGGAUGAUUCAGACGAGGAGGAAGAGAUUACCAAGGAAGUAAAUUCCCUGAACGGCUUCAAAGAUGUCACAAAGAUUGAAGAGUGGCUCGCCGGUACGAAUGAAUAUUUUUCCUGA